AUGCCCCUGUCGAGAUCUAAUUCUUGCAUUGAUAUUGACUUCACUUUACGAAGGAAGUUUAAGAAGUCAGCUUUUAGACCUCUCCAGCGCGAUGUGAUCGUUGAAGCUUUAGACGGGAAAGAUGUUUUCGUGCAAGCAGCAACAAGUUUCGGGAAGAGUUUAUGCUUCCAACUUCCGGCAGUGAUAGAUCAUGGAAUCACCAUUGUCAUCUCUCCUCUUCUGUCGUUGAUGACGGAUCAAACCAACGCUCUGAAAGCUGCAGGUAUUGAAGCCAGCUCAAUCAAUUACCACACACCAUACUCGGAGAAACAGCGUAUCCUCCGGGACCUCGCCACUGGCCACCCUAUCACCCGCCUGCUUUAUGUUACCCCCGAACAAUGCGCAACCGAAAACUUCCGGAGCCAUCUGAAACUCGUUCACGAACAGCAAGAGUUGGCUCGCAUAGCUGUUGACGAGGCUCAUUGUAUAUCGGAAUGGGGUCACGAUUUCCGCCCCUCUUUCAAGGAGCUCCGAUGGUUUCGUGCCACCUUUCCCGAUGUGCCUAUUAUUUGUCUCACUGCGACAGCAACUCUCCAGGUUCGACAGGAUGUCAUUACCACGCUCGGACUCUCAGAAGAUAAUUUGAAGGUGUUCACAAUGACCACUAAUCGCAAGAACCUACACUACGAAGUACGGUUCAAAUGCGAUGAAGAGGAUCACUAUAACGACUUUUUGUCCUGGUUAAAGGGAAUUCAUAAACGUCGAGCAGAAAACGUAGGCCGAAGACAGGAGCUCGAAAGGGUCAAUGAACGGCUCGACAACGUUUCCGGCAUAAUCUACGCACUCUACCGGUCCGACUGCGAUAAUCUUGCUGCCCGUCUUCGCUCAGAUGGAAUUGGAGCAAAGCCAUAUCACGCAGGGCUCCCCAAUGACGAGAAGAAAGAAACGCUGAAACGAUGGGUCAAUAACGACAAGGGCUUCGAUGUCAUUGUCGCCACUACGGCUUUCGGAAUGGGUAUCGACAAGGAGAACGUCCGAUUCGUUGCCCAUUGGCAGCUGCCAAAGUCUUUCGAAGGCUACUACCAAGAAGCAGGGCGUGCUGGUCGAGACGGCAAGGCCAGUGCGUGUAUUAUGUACUAUAGUCGCGAAGAUCGGGAUCGUGCAUACAACAGGUUGAGUCGAGAUGCGAAGGAGAAGAACUCCAACCUUGAGGCUAGGAUGAAAAGUCUCCAAGCACUGGUCAAUUAUUGCGAGGAUAUAGAGACUUGUCGCCACAAGAUGAUAUGCCGGUAUUUUGGAGAAAAAGAUGUUCCUGAAUGUGAUUAUGCGUGCGAUUGGCACAAGGAUCCGAAGGGGCUUAAGAGAGCAAAGGACAAGGGGUUGAAGGAUGAGGAGUGGGUUAGUACGCAGAGAGAAAUGGGCCGCUUUGAUAAUAGCUAUGAAGGAUACGAUUGA